CACUUCCUCUACCUUUUGCCCAUGUCAAAAGGCGCCGUAAAAUUCUUCUCAUUGCAUUUCGGUCAAGUCAUGUGCUUCCGUUGAAAAAAAACAUCUUAAGGACCUAGAUUAUAAGUAACAUUUGUAGAUCUAGAAUUUACUUGAUAAUGGCAAAUUACGAAAAUGGAGAAAUUCCGGCAAAAAUUCCAAGAAUAGGGGAAAAGCCAGUCACAGUUGUCUUAGGAACCCAAUGGGGCGACGAAGGAAAGGGCAAAAUUGUCGAUAUGCUAGGUGUUAGUGCUGACUUGUGUUGUCGUUGCCAGGGAGGUAAUAAUGCAGGGCAUUCAGUUCAUGUUCAAGACAAGCAUUAUGCCUUUCAUCUACUUCCGAGUGGUGUAAUUUACCCAACGUGUAAAGGAUUGAUUGGAAAUGGUGUUGUAAUCAACUUGCCAGAUCUAUUCAAUGAGAUUGAAAAUAAUAAUAUAGAUUUGAAAGAUAGACUUGUCAUAUCUGACAGAGCCCACUUAGUUUUUAAUUUUCAUACCCAAGUUGAUGGUAUGCUGGAAUCUGGGAGAGGACAAAAGUCUAUUGGCACAACAAAGAAAGGCAUCGGUCCAACUUACUCUUCCAAGGCAACCAGGAAUGGUCUCAGGAUAUCUGAUCUCAUUGGAGAUUUCACCAAGUUCUCUGAAAAAUUCAGGAGUUUGGUCGAACAUUAUCAAGUUAUGUUUCCUGACUUGAAUGUUGAUGUUAUCAAGGAAUUGGAACUUUACAAGGAUCUUGCCACCAGAGUAAGGCCAAUGGUUAAAGAUACUGUAAGCUACCUACAUGAGGCUAUAUCCAACAACAAAAAAAUCCUUGUUGAAUGUGCGCAAUCAACUAUAUUGGAUAUAGAUUUUGGACUUUACCCCUAUGUUACUUCAUCAAAUUGUUCAAUUGGCGGUGUAUUGACUGGCCUUGGUAUUCCACCACAUGUAAUUGGAGAAGUGUAUGGAGUGAUUAAAGCUUAUCUAACUCGUGUUGGAAGUGGUGGUUUUCCAACAGAACUCAAAGAUAAAGAUGGUGAGUUACUGCAAAAACGUGGUGCUGAAUUUGGUGUGACAACUGGGCGACCACGUCGUUGUGGCUGGCUUGAUUUAGCAAUGCUGAAAUACUCUAACAUGAUUAAUGGUUUCACUGGCCUCGCUGUAACCAAGCUUGAUAUUCUAGAUGUCUUUGAGGAGAUAAAAGUAGGUGUUGCAUACAAACUUAAUGGAGAAAUUCUCAACACUUUUCCAGCAUCCGACGAUGACCUUCAGCAGGUAGAGGUUGAAUAUAUUACUCUACCAGGAUGGCUAAAGAGCACAGAAACAGUGAGAGAGUUUUCGGAUCUUCCAGCAAAUGCUAAAGAAUACAUCAAAACUAUUCAGUUGCAUGUGGGGGUUCCAGUGAAAUGGGUUGGUGUAGGCAAAGACCGAGAAUCUAUUAUCUCCAUUCCAAAUCCAUGAGUAAAAAAAACAGUCUGAGGGCUUGAAUUAUCUACUGCUGACUGAUCUUUUCAUUAAAUGAUUUCAAUGGGUUGUUUGUUUAUUUUGUGAAUGAAGAGUGCAGAUAGUAAAAUAAUCCUUGUUUUUUUAAAUUGUAGUAAAGAGCAUUAAAACAUUUAUAUGAACUCAUCUUUUUAAAAAGUAAAUUAUGUACAUGUAUUGCAUUAUUAUUCAUUGAACGUACAAUAUUUUAUGACCUAAAAUCUGGACCUUUAUGUGUUCCCUGGGGUAUAAAAAUUAGGGACUUUAUUUAUUUACAUUGAUGAGUGUUCAUGUAAUUCUUUCUUCUUGUAUAUGAAAUUUUUUAAAAAGAGAUUAUAUUACAUUUGUGUUCCUUUCUAAAAGUAUUAUAAGCAAUUAAAUUUACUAGUUUGUUUUCCAUUAAAAAGAGAAUGUAUACACUCUGAUAAUUAACUUCAGCUGAUUAAUAGAUUUUUGGGGCAUUAAACAAAUGGGUUUAAAUUUCCAUUAUUAGAAAAUACAUUGUGUGUGGUGAUUGCAUUUUGAUUCCAUUUUUAAUGCAUUGUACAAUUUUUUUGUUUAUUAUUAUUUUUUGUGCUAACAUUUUGGUGUGGAGUGGACCUGUACAGUGAAUUUUCAACUAAAAUUAUUUUCUUCAGAAAUGAACAAUUUUGUCAGAACAAUAUAAGAACAACAUUAGCAAUUUGUGCUUGAAUCUCCUAUCAAAUGCUGCUGCGCCCCCACCCCCUCCCUUUUUUCCCCACCCCACAUCGUACUAUUACCAUAGGCAGCUGAUUGUUUACUUUAUAGAGCUCACUGGGCAUUGUUUAACCUUUAUUUUAACCUACUAAAUGAAUGGGUUUUGUCAUAUGACAAAACUUAUGAAAAUAUCAAGGCAUUUAUUCUAGUUGCUGGUAUUUUGUAAAAUAUGAGAUUUUCAAAAGUUAAGGAUAUCUUAAGUUUUUAUUUUUUAUCAUUAUAUUAAAAUUUGAGUUUUCAAUUUUUAUACAACUAUAGCUAUUGUUUUGGUAAUUUUCUACACUGAGGAUUUUUGUCUUCUUUUAGUUAUUCCUGUGAGUGCAAAUUGUACUUGAUAGGGGUUAUUUUUUUACAUUUAACAAAUUAUAACUCUUGCUUCACAGAAUUGUCUUGAAAAAUAUUUCAUCAUAUUUUAUGACCUAAAAUGUUAUAAUUUAGUACAUUUUGACCAAACAAUUGUAUUCUAUUAUCAUAUGAAAGAGAUUAAAAAAUAGUUAUUUAAAGAGUCGCAUAUUGUGGUGAAUUUUUUAAAAUUCCCCAGCACAUAAAGCAUCAAUAAUUUUGUUGAGAUAUUUGUUUUCUUAUCCAACUGCAAGUGUAAUUUUGCAACAAAAUAGCUUGAGAAAUAAAUGAAUUAUCCUGGUU